CCCAACCUACUGUGCAUGUUGUCUGUUUUCUGUUUAGAACAUGGACUCACAGAAGGACGUUCAGCCUCCAAAGCAGCAGCCAAUGAUCUACAUUUGUGGAGAAUGUCAUACAGAAAAUGAAAUAAAGGCAAGAGAUCCUAUCAGAUGCAGAGAAUGUGGCUACAGAAUAAUGUACAAGAAACGGACAAAAAGAUUGGUGGUUUUUGAUGCCCGAUGAUUUCUGUUGAAGAUAGUGACUUUAUGCUGCAGUUUAGUCUUUUGGAUGACUUUGCUCUGUAAAGCCAUUGGUGUACAAAUGCACACUCUUAUUUGUGUUUUAAAAUACUGAAAUUUUAAUGUUUACUGUGAUACUAAAUUUUGUCUAUGCUGUCUUCCAGCAAUAGAUUUCUAAGGCUGUCAUUAAAUUAUAAUGAGUAUGUAGUAGUUCAAGUUCAAUGGUAUUGUAUUCUUUUUGAGUUAACCUUUUUUUCAUUACUCUCAUCUAAACUUUAUUUGCUUUUUAACUUUGUUAAAUGUUUUUUGGACUCCGAUGAACUGCAUAACUGUGGUUUGAAUAAAUUCUACUGAAAAUAAAUAGGCUACACAAGGCUAGGUGUCAAACAUGGACCUGGAUUUCAAACGAGCAAAUCUCAAAAGGACUUGAGAUCACCCAAUUCAGGCACUUAGCUGUGGUCAAAGUGUCAAGAAAAUCAUCGCUCAAAAAAGAAGAGGGGAGGGAGGCAAGCUAAAUAUUAAGAAGCAAUGUGUAAACAGAAAUUCCCAAAGUGCUUUUUGACUUAGUUGUACUCAAGGAAAGAAUUAGGCCCAUGCUAUAAAGGUAAAAUAGCACCUUGUUUUGCUCUUCAGAUGACUUUUCAGGGGUCUGUACUAAAAAGAUUAAAGUGGGUUUUUUUGUAUUGAUGAGCCAAAACUUUUUGUAUCUCUCUAUUUGGAAUGUGUGUUAAGUAAUACUAAAAUACUCUUAUCACUAAAGUGUGCUACAAAAUACUGCUGGAUUGUGCCUGAUGCUAAUUUAGCCUUUUUAAGUGUUUACAAAUACAAACUUUGAUGGUGCUAAUAAUGCUGUUUAAGUUGACGUAAUGUGUUUAACUCUUAUCAAUAUAGUAAGGUAUCUUUGCUACAGACUGCAUAACCAUAUACCGGCUCAUAAAUGAACUACAGUGGGUCAUUUUAGGGGCUAAAAAAGCAUUCUUGAGAUUUUGGGUUGGAGCUGUUUGGUUAAGAUUUUCUUAGGUAUCUUAUCUGACCUUAGCUGUUAAGAGAUUUCUUAUCCAGGUUUUUCCUUGGAAGCCAGAUACUCUCGAGUAUAAAUGAUAACAUUUCUACUGCACAGUUACUAUCCGUUUGUCCACCAUUGGGUAUGCAUAGCGUGGGCCAAAUGCCUGCACCACAGAGACGGGGGAUCGGCUACUGACAUGGCUGCUCAGAGGGCCUGUCGCCACCCUCCACCUCCUCAGCCCUGACCGGGGGU